AUGCCGGGAGACCCCACGGAGGCCUCGGGGCUCGCCGAGACCACCACCGUCUUUGACUACAAUCCUCUGAGCUUCCUCUGCGAGAGCCGUAUCCUCCUGCUGGCCUCCACGUCCACCGCCAUCUUGUACUCGCUGGUGUUCUUGCUCAGCCUGGCGGGCAACAGCCUGGUGCUGUGGGUGCUGGUGAAAUACGAGAACCUGGAGACGUUCACCAACCUCUUCAUCCUCAACCUGUGCCUGUCCGAUCUGCUGUUCUCGUGCCUGCUGCCCGUGUGGAUCUCGGCACAUCACUGGGGCUGGGUGUUUGGCGAUGUCUGCUGCAAGCUCUUCAAUCUGCUCUUCUCCGUCAGUCUCUACAGCAGCAUCUUCUUCCUGGCCCUCAUGACCAUCCACCGCUACCUGUCGGUGAGCAGGCCUCUGUCCCUCCUGGGGGUGCGGGCCCUUCGAUGGCGGGUCCUGGUGAUCGCCGUGGUCUGGGCAGCCAGCGUGGUGUCUUCCAUCCCCGACGCCCUCUUCCACGAAGUCUCCCCCUCCUGGCGGUGCGAUUAUUCGGAAACCCGGGCGUUCCUCGCGUCCGUCUAUCAACACAACGUCUUCUUCGCCUUCUCCACGGGGAUCGUCGUGUUUUGCAACGUGCAGAUCCUCAAGACCCUGCUCCGUUCCCGAUCGAAGCCCAGGCACCGGACGGUCCGGCUGGUGCUGACCAUCGUGGCGGUGUACUUCCUCAGCUGGGCCCCCUAUAAUCUCGUCCUGUUUCUGCAGACGUUAGUGAAAAUCGGGGUGAUCCAGGGAUGUGGGGUGACCCAGCAGCUAGAGCUGGCCGUGCUCGUCUGCCGGAACCUGGCUUUCUCCCACUGCUGCUUCAACCCCGUGCUCUACGUGUUUGUGGGGGUCAAGUUCCGCAGACACCUCAAAAGACUCCUGCGGCAGAUAGGGCAGUGUCGGCGACGGACCCCCAGCCCCGGCCCGUUCCCCCACAGUCCGGGGGCCUUCGUCUACGAGGGUCCCUCCUUCUACUGA